AGAGGCAAGACUGCAAAAAGAUAUUCCCAUCUUUUUCUAAUGUAAAGGAAAAGGACUGAAAAAUCGCAAUUUUUUUUCCCUUUCUUCGGACAAAUCUACAUAUAUGGCUAAUACUGAUUUUAUCCUUAUAUAUCUAUUGUUAUUACGCUCUCUCAAUGAAGGUCGUGAAGAUAAAAUAUUCAGUGAAAUGUGAAAUCGGUCAACGUCGCGUGAACGUCGCGCAGUCGCUAUGCGCAGUCGCCAUGCGCAGAAACGCCAGUACGGGCGCCAUAUUGAAAAGUACGAAAGUAUCGAAAGUGUCCGAGGAUCGCGCGAGUAUCGCAAUACGUAUAAUCGAAGCGCGCGAUCGCGACAGCUUUUCUCGCAAUAUUCAGUCGGCUGCUAUCAUUGAGAUGAAACGAAGCGUCGCGUCGCGUUAUUGAUAACGAUUAUCGGGCGCGAGUGAAUGUCGGGAGUUCCGAAUAAAAUGUCGCGCGUUCUCGUUGGUGAUAUCGCGUGAAUUUGUGUGCGUUAAGAGAGCGAGAGAAUGGAAUCCCGAGAUCGCAGCCUGUGAAGCGGCCAGCGAACGACGAACGCAUAAGUGAAGUUUAAUGACGUUUGAACAUAUAUGAAAACGUUUUUUUAAAACAAUCAUGAGUCUAAUAUGUUAUUUCGAUAACAUGAAACUAAACUACAAGAUAUUUAUGUAUUCCACAUUAAUGUUAUUCAUUACAAGUACUAUAUUACUUUUUCUGUAUCUCAAUCAUAUUCAACCACAUUAUUUCAUCGAUGAGGCUUUUCAUAUACCUCAGACAUUACGAUAUUGCGCAUGGAAUUUUACGCAGUGGGAUCCUAAAAUCACUACAUUGCCAGGAUUGUAUCUUAUUACUACUGCGAUAUUAUCACCUUUUAAUAUGUGCAAUAUUACAUAUAUAAGAUGUAUAAAUUUACUUGGAACAUGCCUAAAUCUUUAUCUUAUUUAUAACAUUAUAAAAGAGAAUUGCAAAGCUAAUGAAACAGAGCAGUGGAAUAAUUGGUUGAUACUUACAUUGGCCUACAAUAUUACGCUUUUUCCACCAUUGUAUUUUUGGUGCUUCUUUUAUUACACAGAUGUUGUGUCUGUAAAUAUAGUACUUGCAAUGUUAUUUUUGCACCAACGUAAGCACACAAAAAUGACAGCAUUUGCAGGUUUAAUAGCUGUACUUGUUCGUCAAACAAACAUCAUUUGGCUUGGCUUUUUUACUAUAGAACAUGCAUUAGAUAUAUUUGAUAAUAGGAUGGAAAAACCAAUCUCACCACGAAUGCUCAAUACUCCAUUGCACUUUCGUUUAAUAUGGAAGCAGAUAAUGUACGAGUUACGCAAAGGCCCGUUAUCAUUUAUCAAAUUUAUUACACAAAUAUGCAAUAGUCUAUUUUUUUAUAUAAUGGUAUGCUUGAUGUUUGUUGCCUUCGUCGUGUGGAACAAAGGCAUAGUCAUUGGCGACCGUACCGCUCACGUCGCAACAAUUCACAUUUGUCAGAUAUUUUAUUUUUCGACCUUCGUCUCUCUAUUCUCGUGGCCAUACGUGAUGCCUCAUUGGCGAACGUGUUCGCGUUUUCUUCGUCGAUAUUGGAUUUUUACCAGCUGCGUCGUUGUGUUAAUGGCCGCGGUAAUUCGUUUCAACACGCUCGUUCACUCGUACAUUUUGGCAGAUAAUCGGCACUACUUUUUCUACGUGUGGAAUCGAUUCAUGGGCCGAUACACGUUAUUCAAGUACUUGUUGAUACCGAUUUACUGCGCGAGCCUAUUUGCCAUGUCGCGAAAUAUGAGUCACUUGAGAUUUCUUACACAGAUCAAUUAUAUUAUUUGUGUAGGCAUGAUUCUGAUACCUCAGUUACUGGUAGAACCGCGUUACUUCAUUCUUCCUUACAUCUUUUAUCGCUUAAGUAUGAAAAGGCCGGAAAAAUGGCAGAUUUAUUUAGAAUCGCUUACGAUUUUUACAAUAAAUUGUUUGCAAUUUUUUAUUUUCUCCAGUAAAGUGUUCUAUUGGAAGGAUCAGCCUUAUGGUCAACGAAUUUCAUGGUGAUAUUUAACAUGAAAACAGAUGGGUGUUAAAAAAAUUAUUUCAAUGUUAAUUAUUUUAUCUAUUUUUUCUGUAUACUUAAUUUAAUGGAGGGCAUUAAAUUAUUCAUGAUUGAUCGACAAUUUCGACGAACAAUAAUUUAUUGUUCAUAGAUGAAACUUAUGGCAAUACUGCUAAAUGUUUUUGUACAGUAACAAUUUGUCACCAGAUUUGCGACACGUAUCAUCAAUAUAUAAUAUAUUAAACGUAUUCCUGAUGACUAAAAAUUUUUUGUAUUCCUUAUUUUUAUUAUGCUCCUUCGUAAAUCACUAUUUUUAUCAUAAUAUCGUUUUCUCAGCGAAUAUAAAUGUUAUGUGCGACGGUAUAAAAGAUACCGCAUAUUUUCAUUUUAUAGGAAAUAUUUUUUUUAUUCACAAUAAAGGAUUAUGUAUGCUCUUAAAACAAAACAAAAACCAGGUGAUACCAGGUGAAAUAUCCUUAAAAAUAAAGGACGAAUAUUAGCAAAACGAUUUUGAACCAUUAUAUUCUCUGAGAAUUUGUAUACAUAUAUUAAAUUGAGAAAAAAAAGAUAAUUUGAAUAUAAUAGAUUUUGUUUUUCGUUAAGGUGGCCGCCAAUUCUUGCGAAUCUACAUGGAAUACGGGUAUAUAUAACUUAAUUUUUUUUUUUUUAGAAAUAAAAAGUUGUAUGUACAUUUUUUUCUGACGCAUAUACAUUGUAACUAUGCGGCGUCUGAAUUGCCGGAACUUUGAGCAUUAUUUGCGACGAGACAUCCUCGGCGGCUUGCCUUUGUCAUUUUAACCAAUGUUUUGAAACGAUACAAUCGUAUAUCACAAACAGUUUCGAAUCAACGCGUUAAGUACUCUCUAAGGUUUCUUGAAAUUAAAACUAAGACAUUUUACUUCCUACAUAUUUCCAGCCUUCUAAUAAAACAAAGAUAAUCAUUCAUCUCUCUCUUCAUCUCUCUCACUCUCUCUUUCUACAAUCUAAUCGCGCGAAAAUCGCACAUAUUGCUUGUUGAGUUUAUUGCGCGAACUCUAUCCAUAUGUAAAUUAAUCUGGAACGUAAAUAUCUUCUGUACACAAACCUCCGCACAUUCCAGCAGGAUAUGUGAUGUGGGAGUAAUCUUACCGCAUUCCGCAUUCGACAUUUAAUCGAUUUCAAGAUAGUAUAAUUUUAACGCGUAGAUAUAUGUAUAUAGUUUCUCGAGUUUUGGUGUCAUAAUGACACGAUAUAGUUCACGCUCUAGCGAUAAAUUAUCAUUCACGCGCUGGAGUCUAUCGCUAUAAAGCAUCACACAUUAGAGUAGAUGAAGUAGAUUGCGCCGGAAAAUCAAAGCGUCAUGAAAAAAAUUAUGCUUCUCUCAAAAGAGAUGUGAUUGAUUAGAUUAAAUCUAUCAUCAACACUCUGAUUUAACUAAAUAACAUGAAAUUUUUCAAUGUCGCUUUAAAGACCUUCGAUCGAGAAUAUUACUAGAUAAAUACUAAAUAACAUUAUAAGAGAGGAUAUGAAAUGUAACAACAAAUGAAUCUCUUUUUAUAUCUUAUCAUAGCUUUUUAACACAUUUGUACAGCAGAACACUCCUAAUAUCCAAGAAUUAAUUAAUUAAGCCGAUCGAUGAUUAAUAUUCUAACCAAUGACUUUAUAAAACUAAAUUAUAAAACACGAGAGUUGUCUCGUUUAAAAUAACUAUGUCAUUCUAUUUUUAAAUAAAUUUUCGUAAUGUAAUAUAUAUACGAGAAAAAAGUUAUAGGAAAUUAUAUAUCUGAUCCAGUAUUGGUCGAAUUUUUUUAUAGCGAUAUGUUAUAGUAACAGAAGUAUAUAUUCACAAAAAAAGAGAUUUAUCUCUUUUCAUGAUUCGAUACUUCGAUCCUUUUUCACGAUCGCCAUUCAGACGAUUAGUAUGAGAUUCUUUGGAUUCUGCUCGGUAUAUAGCUUUCUUAUUUCCUAGUUUUUUUUAUUUUUUAUUUAUUUUUUUUU